AUUUUCUCAGAUAACGAUUGAAACACGCUGCGCGUCUCUCUCAUCCUUUAAUCGUCCGAAUUGAGCUGAAUCGGGCAAUACUUUGGCUUGGGAUCGACGAUCCCAAAGUCUCCCGGUCGAGCCUCCUCGGCUUCUUCAUACAAGUGCUCUUGCAGAAAGCGGGGUUUUGCUCCCUUCAAUUUUUCGGGCGAGGGAUAUACAGCACUUGCAAUGUCUACAAUAGCGCCGCCCUCGACGAACCGCCGUCAGUCGGUGCGUCAGACUCGUGCCAACCCCGCGCGUGCGAACCUACCUCGUCCUUACGGUCGCCGAGUUUCGCUGGGGGAAAAUGAACCACAGCGUCCCACAGGCCCGCCAGGCUUCUUCCCCGCGAUGACACAUUUCACCGAUACCAUUACUGCGCUUCCCAAAGAGAUUGUGAGACAUUUUACACUGCUCAAGGAGGUUGAUGCGAAGGCGUAUGGACCCGAGGAAACCCUUCACCAGCUGAGUGAGGUGGCCCUGAGCACACCUCUGCCGCCUCGUCAGGCGCCAGAAGCUCAGUCUGGUGCCGAAGAGGGUUCAUCUGCAGCGCCUGGAGGCACUGUGACUCCUGGUGCAAAUGGGGCGACAGGCCCUACAUCGGGCCCUACAUCAGCUCCUCAACAGGAAGAACAGCAGCAAUCAAUGGACAACCAAGCCGACAUCGCUCGCCGACGCGUCUUCUUCAACCUUCGAUACCUCAUCACCGAAAUGCUUCUUACCCUUGACGAGAAAAACCACGUCAUUGCGACCGCGACUGAGGCACUCAACAAACAACUACAGCGCAUGGAGAGCUCAUAUCCCUAUAUCGAUAACGAGAUCAGCGAGGAAGCGCGAUGUGGUAGCCUGAGCCACUGGGCUUAUGCCGAUAGAGCUAACGCAAAGUCUCACCCGCCGCCGGCAGAACGGUCGCGGCGAGACGUAGCCAGCGCUAAUAACCUUGCGGCCGCUGCUGCGGCAUUGCACGAGCGCGAGGCCGCUGCGUCUCGGAGCGAGAGCCGACGCGAAGCGAUGCUUGCGAGAAAGCAGCGUAAUCAGCACGCCGAUUCUGACUUUGACGAUCGAAGAAAAGGCCCAGGUGGUGCGAAGGUUCGCCGCACCGCGGCUGAUGCUGCUGACGGCAAGGGACUCACGGUGGACACUCUGGGCGCCGCUCAGCCUCCGAAACGCCGGAGGACCGACAAAGGAGUUGGCGCAGCGGCCAUGGAGCGUUCUUUGAGCCAGGCCUUAAACGGAGGGAGCGGAAAAGGAGGAUUGGGUAGCCCUCGCGCAACACCGGAUCCGACCAAGAAGCGGACCAAAACAACGACAGGGCAAACCCGGAAGAGAAAUACUGGCGCAUCUGGCGCUCGAUCACCUUCCGUCGCUUCAUCUCCUGUCCAGCCAUCCUUCCCUGGCGGGCGCGACUUCCCCAUCAUUGGGGGUGCCUCUCAGCGUCCUCAGUCUUCUCGAGCGCGUCAAAAUUCUGCACAAUCUGUGCAACAAGAUGGGCCAAACACGGGCGCGCGCAACCGCCCGUCGUCUUCCGCUUCCAAUCGACCUGGCACAUCCAACGGCAUACCACCGAGUACGCCGGAAUUGAAUAACGUUGCGGGCCUCACCGGCCGUAGCCUUGCAGAUGUCAAAGGUUCUAUGAAAGAAACGAUUACCUCGAAAGGGGAACAUGUCAUUGAGGAAGAGGGCCAUGAACGAGAACCAGACCAUCUCAAAGGCGCACUGGUUAUGGGCGCCGGUGGGGUACGCAACGCCGGUAAAGAUAGCGGCGUUUCUGAAGACCGUGUCGCAGCGGAUCUCAAGCGCGAAGAUACUGAAAGCAACGGCGACUAUAAUAACAACCAUCACGCGACUCGCGGAGUCGACCAUACUGGCUUCAUCAUCGGUAACGGGCUAUCCUCUGCCCAGACCAAUGCGAGUACAAGUGGGACAACCCGCACUGAGCGAGCCAAUGGGUCCCAUGCGAACAAUGGUGGCAACGGCGGCGCCGGCCGAACGUCCAAAACAUCCACGCCUAUCGUGGCUAAUUUCCCGGAUCCCCCCACGUUUGCUGCAGGUGGCGCAUCGUCUUCUUCCGCUACUCAUCACCGCUCAUCUCGGCCUUCACGAACAUCCGAGUCGGGCGCGUCCGGAGCAGCGCCGGUCAAACGGUCACAUAAGAAAGGCGGGAGCGCUGCUGCCGCUGCCGCCGCCGCCCAACAGGCGCACCAUCUCGGUACAGCUGGGUCACCUCGUCUUGGUCACAGUACCGGAGCCGGUGCACGAGGUGGCGGCGCAAUCAACACGGCGGCUCUGGAGGAAGAAGAUGAAGUAGACGACGAUGCCGAGCCGAGAUAUUGCUACUGCAACCAAGUCAGUUAUGGCGAAAUGGUGGCCUGCGAUGCUGACGAUUGUCCGCGCGAAUGGUUCCAUCUGGAUUGCGUGGGCUUGAGCAAGGCGCCAACUAAGAAUGCAAAAUGGUACUGCGACGAAUGUAAAGAGAAUUUGAAGCGCAACAAAGGAGUUAGCUCUGGGCGGUAACGGUCAGUAUGCGUCUAAUAUUUUCAUUAUACAAGCAUACUGUCGGGGCACCAUUAUUCUCGCCGGCAUGCUUCGCGUGGGCAUGAAUGUCUGGCCUAGUGAUAUUUCGACCCGGAGAAUGGCUUUUUGAUUACGGGUUUAUCUCUUUCCGUCAAAUAAUCCAUUUUGGAUCUUUCGCUCUCAUGUUAGGCCUCACUACACCAUAUUUCAC